AUGAGUUCCAAGUUCAUCAUCGAUAGCAUGCUCCCCAAAUACCACCAGCAGUUCCAUCAUCAGAACUUAUUCGCGGGUGCUGGGGCAUCGCCUAUAGAGGCGUCUUUAUCAUCGUCCCUGUCGUCCUCGCUAUCGACGUCCUUAUCGUCGUCGUUGUCCGGGGGUUUGGGAGCGGCCGCCCUCGGGGCCGGUUCGCCAGGCGCUGGAAGCCCGCAGCGGUCCUCAUCAUCGUCAUCCGCGUCGCCGGGUGCGCCGGCAAGGAUGUACCCGUACGUGUCGCACCACCAGCAGUUCGGCGGGUCCGUGCCGUUUCCCGCGGGGAGUGGGCUAUCGGCGGACGAUAAGAGCUGUAGAUACCCAACUGCUGUGAGCGGUGACCCAAUGGUAAACUACGCCCUCGGUCAGCACAAUGGCGGAGCAGCUGUCUCUGCAGCAUCAGCUAGUAUGGCUGCAGCGGCUCAGUUCUAUCACCAGGCGGCUGCGUCUGCGGCAUCUGCAGCAUCUGCGGCCUCAGUGGACGCAAUGGGUGCGGCUUGCUCUCAGCCUUCGGCGCAACCAUUACCAGAUAUACCACGCUAUCCCUGGAUGUCUAUAACUGAUUUUCCAUUUCCAGAUUGGAUGAGCCCCUUCGACCGCGUGGUCUGCGGUGAGUUUAAUGGACCGAACGGUUGCCCACGGCGGAGGGGUCGGCAGACCUACACGAGGUUCCAGACGCUAGAACUCGAAAAGGAAUUCCAUUUCAAUCAUUAUCUCACGCGCAGGCGCAGGAUAGAGAUUGCGCACGCUCUCUGCCUCACAGAGAGGCAAAUCAAAAUAUGGUUUCAGAAUCGACGCAUGAAGCUAAAGAAGGAAUUGAGAGCCGUCAAAGAGAUCAACGAGCAGGCUCGCAGAGAGAGAGAGGAGCAGGACAGAAUGAAGCAGCAGCAGCAGGAGAAACAAGCGAAGCUGGAGAGCCAGCACCACGGUCACCACGUGACACACCAUCACGACCCCAUGAAAAUGCCCAUCGACAAGGGCUCCGGCGACAUCCUCAAAGUGAAUAAGGUGCCGACGUAA